ACUGACACUUGCGACAAGCAAUUGCAGAAUAUCUAAGGACAUUUUCCUCUCUCAAUUCGUUCUCGUGAGGAUUUGAUAUUCUACAUGCUCCGCCACUGGGACAGUUCGUACUUCACACCUUCGCUGAGCGCCUCCCAAUGCUUGCUAUUUUGACACUGGCCUCGAGUUCCUAUUGAGCGAGGAUUAAAAAGAAGCCUUUACUUUGGUAUCAUGUUAAAGCCAUUUCGUGUUUGCGUGGUUGGUGGUGGACCUCAAGGUCUGGCCGCGUUGAAGAAUCUUCUUGAGCUAAAUGGUCCAGAUGAACAGCUCUUUGACGUCGAGCUUUUAGAGACCAGAAAUUGCAUUGGAGGGAAGUGGGCGUACACAGAAGACAAGAGCGAAAUCACCGCUCUUCCCAACACUGCGCAGAACACUAGCAGGAUUCGAAACCAUUAUAGCGAUUUUCCUGUUUCGGAUGCUUGGAAGCGAGGUGGUCGUGAGGGUGACAUACCAAUGUUUUUAAACCAGGAGGAGACCGCUUUCUACCUGGAGCAGUAUGCGCAACAUUUUGGCCUACUCAAGUACGUACGCUUUGGCUGGAAAGUAACGCAGUUGCAACGCGAUGGGGAAAACCAGAAGUGGAUUCUUAACACGCUCUGCCCACGACUUGGCGAGUCACGUACUGAACUUUACGACAAAAUUAUCAUUGCAACAGGCCAGCAUCAUAGUCCUCUCGUGCCACAAAUAGAAGGGACAGAAAGCUUUACGGGGAAGACCUUACAUGCCUCUGAAUUCAAAAGUAAGGAAUCCUUCAGAGGCCAAGCUGUGCUCAUUGUAGGAUCGUCCAAUUCCGCCGGAGAUAUCGCAUCCGAGCUGGCUGGCACGGCAAAAAGUGUGUUGUUGUCACACCGUAGAGGCGUUACAGUUGUGCCGAGGAUCUACCAAAAUAGGCCAAUCGAUGUUAUGAUGACCAGGCGCAUAGAUACUAUAAUGCGUGCUGCAAAUUCACUUGCACCUGCAUACAUGGCCUCUAUAUCCGAACGUCUCAUGAAAAAAAUGGUUUCCAGUGCUUGGAAGGACCGACUUAGACCAGAGUGGGGAUUAAACCCUGAAACAGCUCCAUCCAUCUAUUUCACGCCUCCAAUGGUUUCUGAUAGUAUUAUACCAUUGCUAGAAGCUGAUGCUGUCAAAUUUGUGCCUGGUAUACAACGCGUGCUUGAAGAUGGUAUGAUCGAGCUGCAAGAUGGUCAAAGAGUCCGAGUCGACAUAAUUAUAUAUUGUACAGGUUACAACAUCGACUCAGCCUUAACGAGACCUGUUGAGCGUCGAGGGAAGCUGGAACUCCCGUCUUUGUAUCACAAGAUCUAUCAUCCGGAAUAUCCAGACUCUUUAGCAUAUCUGUCAUUCUGGCAUACUGUCGCAGGAAUAUGUGAGCUUGGUGAUCUGGCAUCUAUGGGCAUAGCGCAAGUAUUCGCUGGCCGUUAUCAAUUACCGGACCUUGCUACCAUGAAUCAUCAAAUAGCACAGUCGCACAAUUUCGUUAACGGUUUGGCCACUCGAGCACCUCAACCAAUUUCAUUGCAGGCUGCUGCACAAUGUCUCGAUAGGGGCCCCUUCAUUGGAUUCCUACAUAAAGCUGCUGGUACGCAAGUAAGCGAAAAGCUUGGUUACGGCUUGGCUGGAUGGAAAUUUUGGUGGAAAGAUAGAGAAUUCUGCAAUCUACUCAUGACAGGAGUUGAUAGCAUACACACAGCGAGGCUUUUUGACGGACGACCCGGUAGCAGGAAGAAAUGGGAAGGUGCGCGCCAAGCCAUAAUAGAGGCGAACAAUGAACUAAAUCGCUUUGAGGCAAGAUUGAACGAAGAACAGAAAGCAAGAGCUACGUAAAUGCAGCAAGAUUUUGAGUUUGAUAUCGUAUUCUUUCGGUAAACUGCCUUCAGAACCUGUCUCUGGAAAUCCCCUCGAGCCAAUGCUAUAGCGGCUUCGACGUGUAUAUGCUACCUGAAACGCCACUUAUGCUUGCCAGUUUAUUUUUUGAGAGAAUACAUAAG